ACGUGGCGGUGGCGCCGGGGGCGGGGAGGGCGGGCCGCGGGCCCAAAGCGAGCCGGAAAGUUUGUUGCGCGGUGGCGCCGGGGACUUGGGUCCCGGGGUCACGCGCCCGGCCCCCAGCGUCCCCAGCACGGCCGCGGAGUCCGAUCGCCAUGGGCCGGCCCCCUCCCGCGCUGCCCCUGUGCGCCUGUGUGUCCUUGCUGGGCGGCCUGACCUUUGGCUACGAACUGACUAUCAUAUCAGGUGCGCUGCUGCCCCUGCAGCGUGACUUUGGGCUCAGCUGCUCGGAGCAGGAACUUCUGGUGGGCAGCCUGCUCCUGGGGGCUCUGCUGGCCUCCCUGGCGGGGGGCAUCCUCAUUGACCGCUGCGGCAGGAAACGCGCCAUCCUGGGGAGCAACCUGGUGCUGCUGGCGGGCAGCCUGAGCCUGGGCCUGGCGGGCUCCCUGCCCUGGCUGGUGCUGGGCCGCGCGGCCGUGGGUUCUGCCAUCUCCUUGUCCUCCAUGGCCUGCUGCAUCUACGUGUCCGAGCUAGUGGGACCUCGGCGGAGGGGAGUGCUGGUGUCCCUCUACGAGGUGGGCAUCACCGUGGGCAUCCUGCUGUCCUACGCCGUCAACUAUGCCCUGGCCACCGCCCCCGGGGGAUGGCGGCACAUGUUCGCCUGGGCCCUGGCACCCGCUCUUCUGCAGAACCUGGGCCUCCUCUUCCUCCCCGCUGCUGCGGACGAGACCGCCAGCCACAAGGACCUCAUCCCGCUCCAGGGGGGUGCGGCCUCCAAGCCGGGCCUGGAGAGGCCACGCUACACCUUUCUGGACCUCUUCAGGGCCCGGGACAACAUGCGAGGCCGCAGCGCGGUGGGUCUGGGGCUGGUCCUCUUCCAGCAGCUGACGGGGCAGCCCAACGUGCUGUGCUACGCCUCCACCAUCUUCCACUCGGUUGGCUUCCGCGGGGGAGCCUCCGCUGUGCUGGCCUCUGUGGGGCUCGGGGCAGUGAAGGUGGCAGCGACCUUGACCGCCAUGGGGUUGGUGGACCGCGUGGGCCGCAGGGCCCUGCUGCUGGCUGGCUGUGCCCUCAUGGCGCUGUCGGUCAGUGGCAUAGGCCUCGUCAGCUUUGCGGUGCCCAUGGACUCUGGUCCCAGCUGCCUGGCCAUGCCCAAUGCCACCCAGCAGGUUGGCCUCCCUGGAGGCUCUGUUCUGCUAAAGGACUCAUCUCCAACUCCAAUGCCGAGAACCAGGGGGGACCAACGGGAGCCAGUCUUGUCAACACCUAAGAAAACCAAGUCCCAUCCAGGACGCAAACAUGUCACCGCCCCUCCCCCGUCAGCCCUGAGCACCUCCCCCGCAGUGACCCCCAGUCCGGCUCCAGAGCAUGCCCUGCUGCGCUGGGCUGCCCUGAUCUGCUUGAUGGCCUUUGUGAGCGCCUUCUCCUUCGGGUUUGGCCCAGUGACCUGGCUGGUCCUCAGCGAGAUCUACCCUGUGGAGGUCCGAGGGAGAGCCUUCGCCUUCUGCAACAGCUUCAACUGGGCCACCAACCUCUUCAUCAGCCUCUCCUUCCUCGAUCUCAUCGGUACCAUCGGCCUGUCCUGGACCUUCCUGCUCUAUGGACUGACAGCUGUCCUCGGCCUGGGCUUCAUCUACUUAGUUGUUCCAGAAACCAAAGGCCAGUCAUUGGCAGAGAUAGACCAGCAGUUCCAGAACAGUCGGUUCGCCCUGUGCUUUGGCCACGGGCAGAACUCAGCUGGUGUCCAGUACAGCCGAAUAGGUGUCCCUGUGGCUUCCUGAGUCCCUCUGCCUGGAACAUGCUGGAGCAUUGACUUCGGCUGGGCCCCAGAGCUCAAGUUGCAGGUGGUCCUCGGAGAGUCACCCCAGCCCCAGAGGAGGUCAUUUUUGCUGGGGUGAGAGACGAAAGUCUGAGAACCCCAGACUUGUCCUUCUGAGUGUAGGACCCCGAGGGCCCGGAGGACCUGCCUCCGCUUCCUCAUCGACACUUUGCAAUGAGAACGUUUUGUGGAGUCUUGGUUGCGCUCUGGGCCUUUUCAGAUAAUCUCCGGGGUGCCAGUCCUGGCAGGAAGUGUUUCCUGGAAUCGCCCCUACAUCCAGCUGAGGAUUCCAUCAUCUCCGUUCUCUUUCCACCUGCCUGGGACUUGGGCGAGGGGAACGCCGCCUGUGUGUUGUCGACCCCUCGGACCCUCUCGCCCUGGAUGUUCAUCCUUCACCCACAGCCCUGCCUAUUUUACAGGAGGCCUGUCCCGCUCAGUGGUUUCAGUGACGUGCCCCUGACCGUGGUCUCCAUGUCCCCACACGUGCAAUGGGAGGCCUGGACCAAAUUGAUCUUGCAAUCUCUUCUGACGCCAGUGGGCUGGGAUUCUAAAAGCUGGUCGCACAUCAGAUUCUCGGCCCGGGCUCUGCCCUCACGGAGCUGGCCAACGCUCUGGGGGAUGCACGUUUUAGUCAGCAGAAAGGUAGACAGGAUUCCACAGCUGUGCACACAGAAAUCCAAGAGUCAGCCCAGGGCCAUUUCCAGGGUGGCUCAGGAGGCUCUCCAGGGUUUGGGGCCCGCGGACCUGGAUGUCGGUGGGUGUGGCCUCCACUCGGGCAGCUAAUGACCUUGAGUAAGUAACAAUUCAGCUCUCUUAAGCCUCAAUUUCCUCAUCUGUAAAGUGGGGGCAGUGUGCCCUAGGGGUUUAUUCAACCUCUGUCUCCCUCAGGAGGGUCUUUGGUGGGCCCCAUUCAGCCAACCACGGCCUGUGGAACUUCUGCUACCCAGGGCCCCUCCUUGGGUGCGUUGUCAAGGGCUGGGUUUCAGGGACAGGUCAGAUGAGAUGAGCAGGUAGCCAAGGCCAGAGGUCACUUAGGGAGAGACUGACUGGGCAGUUCCCAGAUGCUGGGGAGCACAGGGACCUGAAGCAGACCUGAGGUGCUGGUGUCCUUCAUCCAUACUGUGCGUGGGUGCCCACGUGGCCCCAGGACUCUGGCCCACGAGUUCUCCUCUCUUCUCUGUUUCUAGACAUUAUUUCCCUUAUAUCCAGUGCUGUGCCACAGCUGGCUGGUUAAUUUAACAAUAUUUUGUUAAAUUGUCAAGAGUUUUGCAAACUGGUCUUUUGUAAAAAUAAAACAAAAUAGAAAACGUG